AUGGAUGAUUCAGUGGUCAGAAGAAGUCUGGACAAGCUCCAUGUCAAAGUAGAGUUCGACUCACCCGAUCAAGAAGAUGAUCAGACCGAUCCAUUUAACCAACAACAGAGUUAUGUAACCGUUCUGAAAGAAGAAGAUAUUUGGAGGAGUAUGGAAAAAAAGAUUCAAAUUGUUACAGAUGUUUCUUCCCUCUCCAAAGCUGAAGCCACACUUUUGCUUUCUCACUUUAACUGUGUUAGAGAAAGCGUUGGCAUAUUGGAGAGGUCACUUGAUCAAUCUCCUAAUGACGAGGAAUUCUUUUGUGGAGGCUGUAACGAAACCCGCCCAUUCGAGGAGUCUGCAUCGGUCUCUUGUGGUCAUCAUCUAUGCAGUAACUGCUGGACAAGGGAUAUCAACAAUAUUUUCAAUAAAAGUUCAGAAUGGAACGUGUGGCUUAAAUGUCCUUACGUACCUUGUCAAGCUUCUGUUGGUCGAGAUAUGAUUGAGAGUUUUGCUUCUGAGGAAGAGAAGACCAAGUACGAUCGAUAUCUCCUUAAAUCUUUCGUUGAAGACAGCAAAGCGAUGAAGUUGUGUCCUCGUGCUGCCUCGGGGCGUACUUGCGCGAUUGAUCUUAGUCCUGAUGAUUCUGGAAAUUUCACUGUCUACUGUGUUUGUUUGCUUAAAUUCUGCUGGAAUUGUAGCAAGGACGUUCAUAGUCCUGUGGACUGUAAAACAGCUGCAAAAUGGUUAGCAAUGACAAUGUCUGGUUACCAAAACCCGAACAGGCCACUGGCCAAUUCGGUGCCUUGUCCUAAGUGUAAGCAAAGGAUCAUAGAAAAAGAAUACGUGAUCGAAGAAUUUUUUUCACUGAAGAUGACAUGCUUACCUUGUAACUACGAUUUCUGUUGGCUCUGUCGUGGUGACUGGACUGAACAUUGGGAAGCAACUUGUAACAAUGAUGCUGUACCGUCCGAAGAGAUUGAACAACAGUUGGAAAUGGAAGAAUUUUCUGUGCAUAGAUACAAUGAUUGUUAUAAAAAUUGGGAUAGUAAUGAUUUGAUUCCGGAGCUAAGUAAAACACAGUUACCAACAGAACAACAGCUUGAUUUCAUCAUAGAAGCUGGAUUACAGAUCAUUGAAUCUAGAAGGAUCCUGAAAUGGACUUAUGCUUAUCAAUAUUACCUACCUGAGGAUAAGCAAAACCUCUUGAAGACAUGGCAAGACAAUGUGAAGCUUCUUCUAAAGGAGCUCGAUGACUCUAUAGAAACUAAACUGCCACAGUAUCUUAACGCGGAGGGAUCAUCAGAGAAUUUCAAUGCCUUCCGUAUCAAGUUAACUGCACUAACUAGCACAACGCGAAAAUACAACGAGACACUAAUCAGAGAUCUUGAAGAUGGCUUAGCUAAUUUCUAA